AUGGAGGCCCUCAAGGCGACCUUUGCACGAUGUAAAGAGGAGAACAGACCGGCCCUGGUAACCUACUUUACCGCGGGGUAUCCCACCAAGGAGUCAACCCCGGAUGUUAUGCUAGGGCUACAGGCCGGUGGUGCUGACAUCAUCGAACUCGGCUUGCCCUUCACCGACCCUAUUGCGGACGGACCUACGAUUCAAAAAUCAAAUACCAUCGCUCUCCAGAAUGGUGUCACAGUUUCAACCGCGCUGGAAUUCGUUCGAGAGGCUCGGAAACGAGGCCUACGAGUUCCCGUGCUCUUCAUGGGUUACUACAACCCCCUCCUCCGAUAUGGUGAAGAUCGCAUGUUGAAGGACUGCAGAGAGGCUGGAGUAAACGGAUUCAUCAUGGUGGACUUGCCCCCGGAGGAGGCGGUGAGGUUUCGAAACAACUGUGCAAUGGCCGGUCUUUCUUACGUCCCGUUGAUCGCUCCGGCCACUUCGGAGAAACGCAUGAAGCUGCUCUGCAAGAUUGCCGAUUCUUUCAUUUACGUGGUUUCAAGAAUGGGUGUCACUGGCGCAACCGGCACGUUGAACACCAAACUUCCAGAGUUGUUGGAAAGAGUACAUCAAUACUCUGGCGGCGUGCCCGCUGCCGUUGGGUUUGGUGUCAGCACAAGAGAACACUUCUUGAGCGUUGCGGAGAUUGCUGAAGGUGUGGUCAUUGGCAGUCAGAUUGUGACGGUUCUGGGGAACGCGAAAGAAGGAGAAUACGCAAAAGCAGUCCAGGAGUACUGCUCACAGAUCACUGGCCGAAAAGUCGGUGAAUUCAACGAGACAAACGGCCUCACCAGAGAGGUGGGCAUCGUUGAGACCAUGAACGCCGCUAAGGAGCCCAAUGCCUCGACCAAUGGUCUCAAUGGGCAUCAAGUUCAAGUCGAUAAGGUCAUCACGGACGCGGACGUGCCGUCGGAGCCAGGUUUGGCCGACCAGCUGGAUGCUCUCAAUUCUGAAACAAACGGUACAGAGCCCAACCCUAACGCCAUCCCGGCCCGGUUUGGCCAAUUUGGUGGUCAAUAUGUCCCCGAAUCGCUGAUGGACUGCUUGGCUGAGCUCGAGGAGGGCUUCAGCAAAGCUAAGAACGACCCUGAAUUCUGGAAGGAGUUCAGAUCCUACUACCCUUACAUGAGCCGUCCUUCAUCGCUUCACCUGGCAGAUCGCUUGACGGAAAAGGUGGGCGGUGCUCAGAUUUACCUGAAGCGAGAAGAUCUCAACCAUACUGGAAGCCACAAGAUCAACAAUGCCCUGGGUCAGAUUCUUGUUGCGAAAAGACUAGGAAAGACACGCAUCAUUGCCGAGACCGGUGCUGGACAGCAUGGCGUGGCUACGGCCACAGUAUGUGCCAAGUUCGGCAUGGAGUGUGUAGUCUACAUGGGCGCGGAGGAUGUGCGUCGACAAGCGUUGAACGUGUUCCGCAUGAAGCUUCUCGGCGCAAAAGUUGUCGCCGUCGAGGCUGGAUCUCGAACCCUCCGUGACGCCGUCAAUGAAGCGCUCCGCGCAUGGGUCGUCGACCUCGACACUACACACUAUAUCAUCGGCUCGGCCAUUGGCCCUCAUCCGUUCCCGACCAUUGUCCGCACCUUCCAGAGUGUCAUUGGACAAGAAACAAAGGAACAAAUGAAGGAACUUACCGGCAAGUUGCCCGAUGCUGUCAUCGCCUGUGUCGGUGGCGGUUCCAACGCUGUGGGCAUGUUUUUCCCCUUCAGCUCCGACCCGUCGGUGAAGCUUAUCGGUGUCGAAGCCGCCGGCGAAGGCGUCGACACCGGCAGACACUCGGCCACGCUGUCAGGUGGUUCGGUCGGUGUGUUGCACGGAGUCAGGACCUACGUUCUGCAGAACGAACAUGGCCAGAUUGCCGACACACAUUCCAUCUCCGCCGGACUCGAUUACCCUGGUGUCGGGCCCGAACUGUCGAACUGGAAAGAUAGUCAACGCGCCCAGUUCAUCAGUGCCACGGAUGCUCAGGCCCUUAUCGGGUUCAGGACUCUCAGUGAGACCGAGGGCAUCAUCCCAGCUCUCGAGUCCAGCCAUGCAAUCUAUGGGGCUAUGGAAGUGGCCAAGAAGAUGAGCAAGGAUCAAACUCUGGUUAUCUGUCUCAGUGGACGGGGUGACAAGGACGUUCAGAGUGUCGCGGACGAGUUGCCCAGAUUGGGACCUCAGAUCGGGUGGGAGUUGCGAUUUUAA